GACCCCCUCCCCUUCCGCCUCGCGGCGCUUCCUCGCGCCGCGGUCUUCUCUAUCCACCCCCGACACCGCGGGACUCCCCCCCCCACACACACACCCGCCAACGGCGGGUCCCCAGCUUCCCAAUCCCUCUCGCUUCCCGCGCCCUCCGGCAGGGGCCUAGUCCCGGCCCCCUCGCUCCCUCCCUUUUCCCUGAUUCCCCUUCCGGACGCUGCCAUCAUGUUGAAGCCUCAGCCGCCACAACAGACUUCCCAGCCCCAGCAGCCGCCCCCCACGCAACAGGCCGUGGCCCGCCGGCCUCCCGGGGGCACCAGCCCUCCCAACUGCGGCCUCCCAGCGCCGCUGGCCUCCACCUCGACUUCCCCAGGGCCUCCCGCUGCCGCUUCCCCUUGCCUGGGGCCUGCAGCCGCUGCAGGGAGCGGGCUCCGCCGGGGAACCGAGGGCAUCUUGGCGCCGCAACCGCCGCAGCAGCAUCAAGAGAGGCCAGCGGCAGCUGCCGUCGGCAGCUCCAGGGGACAGAGCACAGGAAAGGGACCCCCACAGUCACCGGUGUUUGAGGGUGUCUACAACAAUUCCAGAAUGCUGCAUUUCCUUACAGCUGUUGUGGGUUCUACUUGUGAUGUAAAGGUGAAAAAUGGCACCACCUAUGAAGGUAUUUUCAAGACUCUGAGCUCAAAGUUUGAACUAGCAGUAGAUGCUGUGCACAGGAAAGCAUCUGAGCCAGCAGGUGGCCCUCGUCGGGAAGACAUUGUGGACACCAUGGUGUUUAAGCCAAGUGAUGUCAUGCUGGUUCACUUUCGAAAUGUCGACUUCAAUUAUGCUACUAAAGACAAAUUCACCGAUUCAGCCAUUGCCAUGAACUCAAAGGUGAACGGGGAGCAUAAAGAGAAGGUGCUGCAGCGCUGGGAGGGGGGCGACAGCAACAGCGAUGACUACGACCUCGAGUCUGACAUGUCCAAUGGAUGGGAUCCCAAUGAGAUGUUCAAAUUCAACGAGGAAAACUAUGGUGUAAAGACCACCUAUGAUAGCAGUCUCUCUUCUUACACGGUACCCUUAGAGAAGGACAACUCAGAAGAGUUUCGUCAGCGAGAGCUGCGCGCGGCCCAGUUGGCCCGAGAGAUUGAGUCGAGCCCCCAAUACCGCCUGCGAAUUGCCAUGGAAAAUGACGAUGGGCGCACUGAGGAAGAGAAGCACAGUGCGGUCCAGCGGCAGAGUUCAGGGCGGGAGAGCCCCAGUCUGGCAUCCAGGGAGGGGAAAUACAUCCCUCUGCCCCAGCGAGUUCGGGAAGGUCCCCGGGGAGGUGUUCGCUGUAGCAGUUCCCGGGGUGGCCGGCCUGGCCUUAGCUCUUUGCCACCUCGUGGUUCUCACCAUCUUGACAAUAGCAGCCCUGGCCCAGGUUCUGAGACACGUGGUAUCAAUGGAGGUUCUUCCCGUAUGUCCCCUAAGGCACAGCGGCCUCUGAGAGGUGCCAAGACUCUGUCUUCAUCUAGCAGUAGGCCUUCUGGAGAAGCUUCUGUUCCACCUCCUCCUGCAGUGGGCCGGAUGUACCCCCCACGCUCUCCCAAGUCUGCUGCCCCUGCUCCAAUCUCAGCUUCCUGUCCUGAGCCUCCCAUCGGCUCAGCAGUGCCAACUUCUUCAGCUUCCAUCCCUGUGACAUCAUCGGUUGUGGAUCCUGGAGUGGGCUCCAUUUCCCCAGCUUCUCCAAAGAUCACACUGGCCCCCACAGAUGUGAAAGAACUCCCGAACAAGGAGCCUGGGAGAAAUCUGGAGCCCCAGGAGCUGGCGCGGAUAGCUGGGAAAGUCCCUGGCCUACAGAAUGAACAGAAACGAUUUCAACUGGAAGAACUGAGAAAGUUUGGGGCCCAGUUUAAGCUUCAGCCCAGUAGCUCUCCUGAGGCCAACCUGGAUCCUUUUCCUCCCCGGAUCUUAAAGGAGGAGGCCAAGGGGAAGGAGAAGGAGGUUGACGGUCUGUUGACUUCAGAACCCAUGGGGUCCCCAGUCUCCUCCAAGACAGAGUCCGUAUCGGAUAAAGAGGAGAAACCACCCCUGCCACCAGCAGGAGGCACUGAGGGGCCAGAGCAGCCCCCACCGCCUUGCCCAAGCCAAACCGGCAGCCCCCCAGUGGGCCUCAUCAAGGGUGAUGACAAGGAUGAGGGCCCUGUUGCUGAGCAAGUAAAGAAGUCAACGUUGAACCCCAAUGCCAAGGAGUUCAAUCCCACAAAGCCUCUGCUGUCUGUGAACAAAUCCACCAGUACCCCAACUUCCCCGGGGCCCCGGACUCAUUCAACUCCUUCCAUCCCGGUGCUGACAGCAGGCCAGAGUGGAUUAUAUAGUCCCCAGUACAUCUCUUACAUACCUCAAAUCCACAUGGGGCCAGCUGUGCAGGCACCUCAGAUGUAUCCAUAUCCUGUGUCCAACUCUGUACCUGGGCAGCAGGGCAAGUACCGGGGAGCCAAAGGCUCCCUGCCCCCUCAACGCUCAGACCAACAUCAGCCAGCCUCAGCCCCUCCAAUGAUGCAGGCUGCCGCUGCCGCUGGCCCACCUCUGGUGGCUGCUACACCCUAUUCUUCCUACAUCCCCUACAAUCCACAGCAGUUCCCAGGCCAGCCUGCCAUGAUGCAACCUAUGGCUCACUACCCCUCACAGCCGGUGUUUGCCCCCAUGCUUCAAAGCAACCCCCGCAUGCUGACGUCGGGUAGCCAUCCGCAGGCCAUUGUGUCGUCCUCUACGCCUCAGUACCCUUCUGCAGAGCAGCCCACCCCCCAAGCCCUUUACGCCACUGUUCACCAGUCCUAUCCACACCAUGCCACGCAGCUCCAUGCCCACCAGCCGCAGCCAGCUACCACGCCUACUGGGAGCCAGCCGCAGUCCCAGCACGCGGCCCCUAGUCCCGUCCAGCACCAGGCGGGGCAGGCCCCACACCUGGGCAGUGGACAGCCACAGCAGAAUCUGUACCACCCAGGGGCCCUGACAGGCACACCGCCUUCUCUGCCACCGGGACCUUCUGCCCAGUCCCCUCAGAGCAGCUUCCCCCAGCCAGCCGCUGUGUAUGCCAUCCAUGCUCACCAGCAGCUGCCCCACGGCUUCACCAACAUGGCUCACGUCACCCAGGCCCAUGUCCAAACUGGAAUCACAGCAGCCCCGCCCCCUCACCCUGGGGCUCCCCACCCGCCCCAGGUGAUGCUGCUGCACCCACCCCAGAGCCAUGGGGGGCCCCCCCAAGGCGCGGUGCCCCAGAGCGGGGUGCCUGCACUCUCAGCUUCCACACCCUCACCCUACCCCUACAUCGGACACCCCCAAGGUGAGCAGCCUGGCCAGGCGCCUGGAUUUCCAGGAGGAGCCGAUGACAGGAUUCGUGAGUUCUCAUUAGCUGGGGGAAUUUGGCAUGGAAGAGCUGAGGGGCUGCAGGUGGGGCAGGAUGCACGGGUUCUGGGUGGGGAGUGAGGGGUCUUGGAGGCAGGGCUGUCCCACAGGGCGCCCGCCGACCUGCACCUGUCUGUGAAGUAUGUAGGGUGGGCAGAAGCCACAGCCGCCGCCGCCAGGGGCUUGCUCCUGGCUCUGUCCUUUGCUUCCCUCCGUCCUCGCUCAGUUGUGAUCCAGCAGCCCCCCUCCCCACUGCCUCCCCAGCUCUCAGUGACCCCGACUGUCUCCUGACUUAGCCGAGGUAAGGUCAGCGCAGCAGACAGGGCCAGGCUGGGGUGUGGGGGGCUGAGCUGGGCACACGAGUGAGGGCUCUGGCUCACUGGGAAACAGCGAUUGAUCUGUGCUUCUGACAGCCCCAAGAGACACCCUGAGGAGGCCGCUCCUACCCAAACACACCCCCCCAUGCCCCCCACUGGACGGCAUUGGAUGAAGGGACAGCUGCUUGGGUUCUAAUGCUCCUGCUCUCUUCUCUUUCCCCUCCAACCAGUUCAAUCUCAUCCCUCCCAGCAGCUCCCCUUCCACCCCCCGGGGAACUGAAGAUUGUCCUGGCCGCGACCUGAGACCUCCAUGAGUGGAGGGAAGAGUGAUCUAUGUCUCUUCCCCCAGCAGCUCGGACCAGUCCCAGCCCCCAACCCCCCCUCUCCCCCUGGGGAAGCUGGGGAAUUCCUGCCAAGCACCUUGAAUGGGAAGCGCCUCAAAGGGGGCAGGGCCAGGGCCCAGCGUGGGUAGGGGGGGUUCCUGCUCUGACUUUGCCCAUUCCCACCCCAUCUUGCCCUCCCAUCCUCUAUCCCCUGCUGGAGACAGAAGAUCUUUUAUUUUCUAUUAUUUAUAACCUCAGACUUGGGCCCCCUGUUGUUCUUCCCCAUUAACUUUUGAGUGACCUACGUGACAGAAAGACAGAUGCCCCACAAGGAUGGUUGGACAAGGACUUUUACUUUUUAUUACAUAAAAAUAUUUAAAAAAAAUAAAAAAAAUAAAAUUUUAAACUAACUUACCCAGCCUGUAGUUUUCUCUCUGGAGAAUAGGGCAGGGUCAUAGCUGUAGGUCUUUCAAGAACUAGAGUUCUCCAGAUCCUAGAGGUUGGGCACCAGGGCCCUUCACUUGAGGGGAAGGUGGAGUGGAGCAACUCUAUUUUCUCCUAGGUGAUUUAUGAGGUAGUGGAUUGUGUUGUCAUCGUGUUUCUUCUCCUCCAUGUGAAACUUGUAUCUAAUGUCUCCGUGUAGGAUAAUGAACUAAGCGUCUUAAGCUAUUCAUUUGAAAGUGAAUUCCAGACGAUUAAUGUUCUGAUGUUGUGUAGUUGAUGGCUGUGAGGUUCUGGAUUAUCAGAUGGCUAAAGUGCAUGAGAUGCGUUGGCCAAGCUGGUUCCCAAGGUAUGGCAGUGUGGCAGUACAGUCAGGACGCUGCCCAGAGACGUGGGUUCUUACUCUGGCCCCACAACUACUGCACAAGUCACCCAACCUCUAGUGACUGCGUUCUCACCUCUAAACUGGUCUCAGUUUGAGGUGUGACCUGAAGCUUUUCCUUUCUAAUGGUACCUCAUGAAUUAGCUUGCUUCUUUACAUUGAAAAAUGCUUUAAUUUUUUUGGCAAUUGGAAUUAAUGGUCUGGCUGGCAUACAGCUGAGAAGUCUUGGGUGUGGGUGAAAGCUAUAGAUGUGAAGCUGGUAGUGAGGAGGAAGACUUUGCUGAGGAACCAGGUUUAGGGGAGUGGCAGCUGAACUAGGGGUUAGGAUGGGAGGAGAGAAGCCAGGCAUGGGAUGUAGAAAUGGGAACAGGCUCCAAGGGAGGUGCUUUGUUCAAGGAGGCAGUUAGGAAUUAUGUCACUCUCUGAUCUUCUGCCCUUGGUUUCCUUGCAUGUAAAAUGCAGAGAAUCUCACCCUUAAAGGGAUGUGAGUUGUGCACAGGUGCUCGGUGGAAGGCAGGUGUUUCAGCUGGGACCAAAGCCAGAAAAAAGUGGCUGAGACCAGGGCAGAAAGAAUGAAGGUUAGAUAUCGGGGAAGAAGUCUCAGGAUGUGAGGAUCUGAAACUAGGCAAGUGGGGGGCAGGCAUAGAGAGGGGUCUUUUGACAAAUAAAUGGAAAAAGGGUUGUGUGUAACAGCCACCUGGCUGCUAAAAUUGGGCAGGGUUAGAGUCUUAGGGAAAAAACUCUUGGAUAGAAGAUGGAGGUGGAAUGAGAAUGUGGACUGGGGUUGGUUAGUGAUGGGAGGAGGGGCAGGAAAACCUUCUGUUGGGCUUGGGGUGUCUGAAGUACACACUGAGAUGCAGGUCUCUGUAGAACAGUGAAAAAUGCGAGUAUUACUAAGUAGUCCUUCUUAUGCUUUAAGGAUUGCAGAUUGGUUAUAAUUUAUUAUCGUCUUAUUCCUAAGAAUAGAAAUGAGUUGGGAGGGAACUUACCCUUCAUCCAAGCAGAAUUCCCCUGUGAAACCCAGAUUCUGCUUGGACACUGAGGAGGUUAAAACAAAUAAAUUUGCCCUAUUAUUGAACAGUA